AUGGCGCUGGGUCCAAACUCUCUGUUAGAAGUUUUGCGAGCUUGCCGGAGGAAGCUGAGCGAGAACCCGAGAGAUAAGGUAUUCGGUGUGCUAGGCAUACUUCCACAAGACAUACGCGAACGCCUAAAUGUGAGCUAUGACAAAACUGUCAAGUCUCUAUACCUGGAAGUCACCCAACUCAUCGUUCGGUCCACGCAUCGCCUUGAUGUGAUGCGCGAAGCGAUCCACUUUCCUGUUCAGGUCAACUUUACUGAUUUGCCCACAUGGUGUCCAAACUGGGCACAGGUUCCAGAAAACUCGGCCUUAUCCUCGGAGAACUUCUCGGCGGCGGGCUACAGCGACGCCGAAUGCGAGUUCAAGGACGAGUUGCGGAAGCUUGAGAUCUCUGCCAUUGAAAUGGAUAUCAUCGAUACGACGGGCGUGGCAGUGGGCACUCUGUGCUCUCUACAAGAUUAUCUCAUGGCCUUUCUGAAUUGGCGGGUGCUGCUUCUCUCUCGUUUCAACAUUACAGAAGACGAAGAGUCGGACCAUCCGCGCGUAGACGACUUCUGCAAAACGCUCUCAUUGGGUCAGCCACUUGAAGAACUAGAGCAUUGUUGGACGAGAGCCUGCUAUUAUAUGUUCUCUUCAUGGACCCAGGAGAUAUUCCCACGACUUCAGCUGGACUCUAAGUUCAAACAACAAGGGGAGUCAGACAACCCGCAACUCUAUGAGCUACGAUCAUUCAUACAAAAGAACUUCGGUAACAGAAUGGUACGUUCAGAGUUUCUGUCUCAAUGUCUCUGCUAA